CCUCUACCGUUUCAACAUUUGCUCACGUGCACAUCACGUGAUUAAGUUUCCUCCCUGAAUAUACAAAUCAUCUUCGAAACUAGCUUCAGUUCCAUCCGCCGUCGCCGACCGCCGACUGCCGUGAAGGUUUCAACUUCCGACCAACCGCCGACCGCCGGUACGUAACCUCUUCCGUCGCUGUAAGACGGAACUCCGUUACCUGUUAUCAGGAGUGGACUCGAACAGUUUAUGAGCCUAUAUCCACUCCAAUUGUUGACAUACAGUUCACAUUACCGAAACCUUAAACCUUUUGACAUUUCACCACUGUCGUUAACGAUGAAGGACCGGCCGCUGUCAUCAUGCGGCGCUGUUUACGUCCCUCCACAUCAACGCCUCCGUUCAGUAAUCACUGUUCCCUCUGCUGUUUCUCCACAACCUGGCAGCUUUCGUCCUACAGCAAUCGAUCAAAAACCUAAUCCUAACUCUCUCAAGUCCUACGCUUGCCUUCCGCCUCAGCAGCAACCAGUGCGACUGCAACAUAAGAGAAGUUCACAAUUUGAUGAGGUUUCUGAGGAAGGGGGUGAUAUUGAGCUUACGCCAUAUCAGGGUGCUGUCACAUCUGAUAACACUGAAACAUGGAAAUGGAAGCUCACUGGUCUGCUACACAACAAUGAUAUACAAGAGGUGCUCUCAAGGGAGAAAAAAGAUAGGCGUGAUUAUGAGCAAAUAGCAGCUUUAGCAAGCAAAAUGGGUUUAUAUAGCAACCUAUAUUCAAAAGUAGUUGUUGUCAGCAAGCUUCCAUUACCUAACUACAGGUUUGAUUUGGAUGAUAAGCGUCCUCAGAGAGAGGUGAUCCUGCCUCCGGGUUUACCUAGAAGAGUAGAUGUUUUUCUUGGAGAAUACUUGUCUCGUAAUCCAAGGAGCACGGAUGUACUUUCACGAUCAAGCAGUAAUGGCAGUAUAGCUACUGAUGAGGGUCUAUUUGAGCAGUCAGAGGCACUCCCUCAAAGUAAGGCUUCCAUGAAGAAAAUCCAUUGGGAAAGGAGUAUGCAAAUGCAGACAGAGCAGCAAACUUGGCAGGAAUCACCUGAGGGUAGGAAGAUGCUGGAAUUUCGUAGUAGUCUACCUGCGUAUAAGGAAAAAGACGCAAUAUUAAGUGCCAUUUCACAGAACCAGGUGGUUAUUGUCUCUGGUGAAACUGGCUGUGGGAAGACCACACAGAUUCCGCAGUUUAUUUUAGAGUCUGAAAUUGAGUCUAUUCGUGGAGACAUGUGCAGUAUCAUAUGUACACAGCCAAGAAGAAUAUCUGUUAUGGCAGUAUCUGAAAGAGUUGCCGCGGAGAGAGGGGAGUUGUUGGGUGAAACAGUUGGAUAUAAAGUUAGGCUAGAAGGUGUUAAAGGAAGGGACACUCACCUCCUCUUCUGUACAACUGGUAUCUUGUUAAGAAGGCUACUGGUUGAUAGAAAUCUGAAGGGAAUCACACAUGUAAUUGUGGACGAGAUUCAUGAACGUGGAAUGAACGAAGACUUUCUGCUAAUAGUUCUGAAGGAUUUACUCCCACGUCGGCCAGAAUUAAGGUUGAUCUUGAUGAGUGCCACCUUAGAUGCAGAGCUUUUCUCUUCAUACUUUGAUGGGGCUCCACUAGUCCACAUUCCGGGAUUUACAUAUCCAGUUCGCACUCAUUUCCUGGAAAAUAUUCUGGAGAUGUCGGGGUACAGGUUGACGCCAGACAAUCAGAUUGAUGAUUAUGGGCAGGAGAGAGCGUGGAAAAUGAACAAACAAGCUCCAAGAAAAAGGAAGAGCCAGAUUGCUUCUGCUGUUGAGGACACCCUCAGAGCUGCUGAUUUCCAAGAAUUUAGCCCUGAGACACAGGAGUCUUUGUCUUGUUGGAAUCCUGAUUGUAUAGGCUUCAAUUUUAUAGAAUAUAUUCUAUGCCAUAUUUGUGAAAAUGAAAGGCCCGGUGCUGUUUUAGUUUUUAUGACGGGUUGGGAUGACAUAAGUUCUCUGAAGGAUAAGCUACAGGCUCAUCCUAUCUUGGGGAAUACAAGCCGUGUUUUAUUGCUGGCAUGCCAUGGUUCUAUGGCUAGUUCAGAGCAGAGGUUAAUAUUUGACAAGCCUGAAGAUGGAGUAAGAAAGAUUGUGUUAGCUACAAAUAUUGCUGAGACCAGUAUCACGAUUGAUGAUGUAGUGUUUGUUAUUGACUGUGGCAAGGCAAAAGAGACGUCAUAUGAUGCACUUAAUAAUACUCCUCGUUUGCUUCCUUCUUGGAUUUCAAAGGUUUCAGCUCGCCAAAGAAGGGGACGAGCUGGACGUGUUCAGCCAGGAGAAUGCUAUCAUCUUUAUCCCAGAUGUGUAUAUGAUGCUUUUGCAGAUUAUCAAUUACCAGAAAUUCUGAGGACUCCUUUGCAAUCCCUUUGUUUGCAAAUUAAAAGUUUAAAACUCGGUAGCAUUUCUGAGUUCCUCACGAGGGCUUUGCAAUCUCCCGAGUUAUUAGCGGUUCAAAAUGCUGUUGAGUAUCUGAAAAUCAUUGGGGCUUUAGAUGAGAAUGAAAAUUUGACUGUUCUAGGACGUUACUUAACAAUGCUUCCAAUGGAGCCUAAACUGGGGAAAAUGCUUAUACUUGGAGCAAUUUUGAAUUGUUUGGACCCGAUAUUAACUAUUGUUGCUGGUCUUAAUGUCCGAGAUCCCUUCUUGACACCACUUGACAAGAAAGAUCUUGCAGAUGCUGCCAAGGCUCACUUUUCACGCGAUUUUAGUGACCAUCUCGCUCUUGUCCAAGCAUAUGAGGGUUGGAGGGAUGCUGAAAGAGACCUAGCUGGAUAUGAGUACUGCUGGAAGAAUUUUCUGUCUGCACAGUCUAUGAAAGCUAUUGAUUCUCUUCGCAAGGAGUUUUACUCUUUGCUGAACGACACUGGUCUUGUUGACAGCAACAUUACCAUGUAUAAUUCUUGGAGUUAUGAUGAGCAUCUUCUUCGAGCGAUUAUCUGCUAUGGGUUGUAUCCUGGAAUCUGUUCUGUACUGCAUAAUGAAAAGUCAUUUUCAUUGAAAACAAUGGAAGAUGGUCCGGUGCUAUUACACUCGAACUCUGUUAAUGCCCGGGACUCCAGGAUACCAUAUCCUUGGCUGGUGUUCAAUGAAAAGAUCAAAGUAAACUGUGUCUUUCUACGGGAUUCUACAGCUAUCUCCGACUCAGUGCUGCUUCUAUUUGGAGGAACCAUCUCAAAAGGGGAAGUGGACGGUCACUUGAAAAUGUUGGGUGGAUACUUAGAGUUCUUUAUGAACCCUACUAUAGCAGAAAUGUACAGAAGUCUAAGAAGAGAGCUUGAUGAGUUAAUUCACACUAAACUCCUGAAUCCUAGGAUGGAUGUACAUAGUUAUCAUGAACUUCUGUCAGCAAUAUGGUUGCUUAUCUCAGAGGAUCAAUGCGGUGGCAGAUUCGUUUUUAGUCAUCAGAUUUUACUUCCUUCCAAGCCAUGUGCUGGAGCACCACCACCAGCUCCAACGUCAAGGAUAGAAAGUGGUCCAGGAGGUGACAAUGCUAAGUCUCAGCUACAGACGUUGCUGAAUCGAGCAGGAUAUGCAACACCAACCUACAAGUCAUUGCAACUCAAUAACAAUCAGUUUCGAGCAACUGUGGAGUUCAACGGAAUGCAGAUAAUGGGAAGACCUUGCAACAACAAAAAGCAAGCUGAAAAAGAUGCAGCAGCUGAGGCUCUGGAGUGGUUGUUGGAAGGGCACCGUGCAGGUCCUGAUUACAUUGAGCAGAUGUCUCAGUUUCUGAAAAAGAGCAAAAAGGCAUAGAGUGGACAUCACAAAAUUGGCAUCAGUGAUGCUUGGGACAGCUUCACGCCCUUGGUUUUGUUCGGGAUGGGUUCAUAGGAGCAUCUGUGAUGGCAGUUUUACUAUGUAUGUGAAUAUGAUAUCCUGGAACCCAUGAACGGCUGAUUCUGAAGUCUCACAAAUGCAGUGGGCUCAGUAGUGAAAUAGACUGCCUCUGAAAUCUGGAAGUAAAGCUAAAUCCAAGGGAGGAGGGGGGACAAGGUUGGAUGGGUUGGCUUCUUUUGACUUGUCCCAAUUUUUGCCUUUGCAGCUGUUCAGUCUGCUUGUCGAGCCAAUGCACCUGAAAUUACAAUAUCUUUGCGAUUAGGAAAUGCUUCAUAUUUUGCGAAGCAGAUCAAAUGCUCUGGUAUUGUUGCACUUAAUGGUUAAGUUCAUCUUUAUCCUUUGUAUAUAUUAAUAAUGGUUUAGAAUAUCACUCUAUCUUGCUAUUAAUGGCUGUUCUUAGAAUUUUCUUUUUCUAUGCCUCUACUUGGUGGUUCGUUGCCCGUUUGGUUACGUCUCAGGGCUAUUUGAUUGCUCAAUGAUCAAUACAGGCAGAGUCAAAUCAAGAGCCUUGAGCAAUAUCUGCGGAGCAUGUGAGUGACCACUUAUUAUUAUUAUUACUUUACUGCAAUAGCUGUGAAUCCUUUUUUUUAACCCCUCCGUAGGAGCUCCUAGCUUUUUGCUCUCUUGGUGACUCGAACCCACAAUCUUAGGGUUGAAAGUGAGGACUGUUUAUCAUUUGAGUAACUCCCUCUUGUCAUAACUGUGAAUCUUGAAAACUUUUAGAACUAUUUUAAUGUAUGUGCGUGCAAUUGCAAGUUGGGUCAA